UCCUUUCCUCUACAGUGAUCGUUGGGCCCCAUUCCUGCAGGAUGGCUGAAAAACAGAAGGAGCCCCAACCUGCCCAGAAUGGCGAAAAGGCUGAAAACACAGAAAAUGCAGAAAAAGCAGAAAAUGCUGAAAACGCAGAGGAGGCAGAAAUGCCCAAAGAGCUGGAGGAGCUGCCACCAUUUGAAAUUGUAACAGGAGAACGGCUACCAGCCUUCUUUUUCAAAUUCCAAUUCAAGAACGUAGAAUACAGUUCAGGAAGGAACAAGACCUUCCUGUGUUACAUCAUAGAAAUUCAAGGCAAGGAGUCGAAGACUUUCCAGGGUUACCUGGAAGACGAACAUGCAGCAGCCCAUGCAGAAGACGCCUUCUUCAAUAACAUCCUGCCCAAAUGUGAGUCUGGUCUGCGCUACAAUGUCACCUGGUACGUCUCUUCUAGCCCUUGCAUGGCCUGUGCUGAUCGGAUAACUAAGGCACUGCAGAAAAAUAAGAACCUGCGCCUCUCCAUCCUGGUCGGCCGUCUCUUCAUGUGGGAGGAGCCUGAGAUCCAGGGUGCCCUGAAAAAAAUGAAGGCAGCAGGCUGCAAAAUGAAUAUCAUGAAGCCUCAAGACUUUGAGUACGUCUGGAAGAAUUUUGUUGAGCAGGAGGAGGGUGAGGAGGGAAAGGCAUUUGUGCCCUGGGAGGACAUUCAAGAGAACUUUCAGUUUUAUGAAGAAAAGCUUGCUGAAAUUUUGCAGUGAGGUUCAAGGCCUGCUUGUACAAGAUCUGCCAGUCCUAUGGAGAGACAACCAUGAUAUACUCUGACAUCUGGGACUCUCCCUUCAGUCCUCCAGACCCACUCUCAAACAGAAAACACUACCGCACAUCUCUAUUUAACAUGUCGUGCUGACUAAAAAUACACUUACCCUGCUGAA